AUGACUCUUGGUUUCAUCCUCGGUGUUGGUUUGAUUGUUGUCUUAGGGUACCUGGUGUCUCGGUGUAUCUACUGCCGGACUUUACAUCCCCUCAGCAAAGUUCCUGGGCCGUUCUGGUCAUCUGUCACCCGGUUAUGGCUGACCCAUGCUGUCUCAAAAGGAAACCUGGAUGUGGUACAACGGGAAUUGCACAAGAGAUAUGGCCCACUUGUUCGCAUUGCACCAGAUGAGGUCGCUUGUGCAGAUCCCGAAGCGAUUCGCAAGAUAUAUAGCACAACCUCACCACUCAACAAGUCUGAUUUCUAUCAUAUCUGGGAUGUGGGAGCCUUUUCCAAAUAUCCCAAUGCCUUUGCUAUCGUUGACGAAAAGCUGCAUUCUGAGCGAAGGCGCAUCGUGAGCAGCGUGUAUAGUAUGUCUACUGUCUUGACUUUAGAGUCAUACAUUGACAACUGCAGUCGCUUGUUUGUCGAGCGUAUGACUGAGCGUACCAUUCCUGAUCAAGCGAUUGAUCUCGGAGAUUGGUUUCUAUGGUACGCCUAUGAUGUUAUAGGAGAGCUCUUUUUUGGUCGCCCCCUCGGCUUUAUUGAGAAUCAAGGCGACGAAGGCGCUUUCCUUGCAUCCCUGGAGGUGAUGCUUCCUGUGCUCACAACUGCAGCGGUUUCUUCGCCCCUAGUCCGUGGUCUGAUUAUGGGUUUGUUUACACUCAGCUCUACUGCACGCAAAGGGCUCAGGGGCAUGAAUCGCAUAAUCGAAACGGCACGCACGAGCGUGGACAACAGAGUCUCUGCUGUUGCAUCUCAUGGACAACAGGAGAGAAAAGAUCUUUUGCAUAACUUACUCACCAUCGUCGAUUUGAAAGGGGAAAAAUCGGACUUCGGCAUUGAAGACGUCAAGAACGAGGCUUUCGCAGCUCUCACAGCAGGCGCGGACGCCACCAUGAUUGAACUGCAAGCAGUCUUCUAUUACCUCACCAAAAAUCGAUAUAUAUAUGAAGAGCUUCGAAAAGAGGUUGACGAAGCCGUGGAGAGCGGGAAACUAUCCGAAUUCCCCAGUUAUUCCGAAGCUGUCCGACUCCCAUUUCUCAAGGCAGCGAUCAAAGAGGCAUUGCGGUUACAUCCUGGCGUAGGGUUUACUAUGCCUAGAGUCGUGGAUCAGGCUGGAAUUGAGCUAGCAGGAAUGUACAUCCCACCAGGAUGGAAAGUUGGUAUGAAUGCGGCUGUUAUAGGACGAGAUGAUGGUGUAUAUGGCCCGGAUGCCGACACUUUUCGUCCAGAAAGAUGGAUCGAACGCUCUGACCCCAAUAUGGAAAGAUGCAAUAACCUAGUGUUUGGGGCGGGUACUAGAAUUUGCGUUGGCAAACAGAUUGCUCUUAGUGAGAUCUACAAAAUUGUACCACUGUUGAUUCGCAAAUUUGAUUUUGUUCUAGUGGACUCGAGUAAGAGCUGGGUGACCCAUGAUUAUUUUUUCAAUAAGCAGAGUGGCUUUCAGGUCAAGGUCAAAGUCCGAGGCCUAUGA